GAAGCGUUUCCUUGCAACUUUCACAAGCAAGCAACGACCUCCAGAUCUCCCGACUCACAUCCGAUCUGCCUGCAUCUCUGAUCCGUUUCUUGGGUCCGUAUCUCCGUUAUUCGGUACGAACCUUCCCGUUGCAUUUUAAAGCGUGUGCACGCAGCGACAUGGCCGCGUAUAAGCUCGUUUUGAUCCGUCACGGCGAAAGCUGCUGGAACCAAGAGAACCGAUUCUGCGGCUGGUUCGAUGCGGAUCUGAGCGAAACCGGAGAAGAGGAAGCCAAGAGGGGCGGACAGGCCCUAAAAGAUGCUGGAUAUGAGUUUGACAUCUGCUACACGUCCGUCUUGAAGCGAGCUAUCAGGACCCUGUGGUUGGUGCUGGAUGGCAUUGAUCAGAUGUGGCUGCCCGUGCAUCGCACCUGGCGUCUGAACGAACGCCACUACGGCGGUCUCACAGGACUUAACAAAGCCGAGACGGCAGCCAAACACGGGGAGGCUCAGGUGAAAAUUUGGAGGCGCUCCUAUGACACUCCCCCUCCAUCCAUGGACCCUGACCACGACUACUACACCAACAUCAGUAAGGACCGUCGAUAUGCCGACCUUACAGAGGACCAGCUGCCCUCGUGCGAGAGUCUCAAGGACACUAUUGCUCGUGCGCUGCCGUUCUGGAACGAGGAAAUUGUUCCUCAAAUCAAAGAGGGGAAGAGAGUCCUCAUCGCUGCCCACGGCAACAGCCUGAGAGGCAUCGUGAAACACCUGGAAGGUAUGACAGAGGAGGCGAUUAUGGAGCUGAACCUGCCUACAGGAAUCCCCAUCCUCUAUGAGCUGGACAAGAACCUGAAGCCCGUGAAACCCAUGCAAUUCCUGGGAGAUGAGGAGACUGUUCGCAAAGCAAUGGAAGCUGUAGCCGCUCAGGGCAAAGCCAAGAAAUAGACAAUAGCAUUGUAUGUUUGGUCUCAUAACAAUUCUCCCCAAAAACCACAAUCAGAGAACAAGUCUAGUACCAAACCAAUGACCAAUAAUACAUUUAUUAAUGCUAUAAGCAUAUAACUGGGACCAUCUUACUGUAAUAAAACCUUUUACAUACAGUUAUCGCAGUCACUUUAACCCCUUGAGUAUGAAUAUAUUAAUUACAACUGAGCCACCAUAAAUUUAGGAGAUAUUUUAACUUUGAAUAGUCUCUGCGCUGAACAUGGCAUGGCUUUGACUGUAUCCAGGCAACAGCUUAUAUUAAUGAUGUGGUGGGUAGCAGAAAUGUGUGAUUCAUGCAUAAUACCGAUGUCCUAUAUAUACGCCCACAGACGCGCUCUUUAAAAUAUUCCUUGCUUUAAAGCACUGAAAAGAUAUUCCGAAACUGCGUUUAGGAUUCGUGAUGUAAGUUUAAAUGGUAAUUAACAGAAGAUUAUAUUCCUAUGAGAGAUAUUUAUGAAAAAGAUGGUUGUUUUUGUCUUUGGUCUGGUAAUUGCACUGUAACUGUAUGUUAUAAUCAUGCUGUUGUCCAUUUCAUUUUCACUGUAUUUUGACCAACAUAUGAUGUAUUCCACAAACAUUCAUUUAAGAUGAGAAGAGUGAUUAAAAAUUGAUAUUCCUCUAGAAAAUACCUUCUCACGUGUUGUCUUAUCCUUCACGUUUCGGAAAUAAAUAGUGUGGAUAUUAUUUUCACUUGACUGAAAGAUGGUGUUUUACUGUAUGCUUGUUUACAUUAGUAAUGUGCAAUCCCAAUAAAUGUUGGCCAACCUAAGCAGAAAUAAA